UAGCGACAGCUCUGAUGUAAAAGCAUGAGGUCAAAUCUAAAGGCACCUGUGUGUGUUUUGCCAAUUUGUUUUUUAAAAGAACUGAAAGAAUCGGUUCAGAACAGCUGCUGCUACUGAGCAGAACUGAGCUGAUUACACAUAGUUUGGUCUUGAUAGUCUCUGUGUGUGUUGGGAUCGGAGUGGAGAAACCUGUCAGAGACACCCUCUUCGAAGCCAAAAAGUGAAAGUGAAAACCCUGACUGACUCCUAACUCACCUCGUUCCAACGAGAACACAGACUGCAAUCCGGGCAAACGAGAACACGGACUGUAAUCCGGGCAAACGAGAACACGGGCACAAGCAAAGAUCUGCAAUAGGAACAGUUUUCCUCAAAACGUGCCUCGGUUUUAAAAGUAUUUCUGAUGGAGUUCCUCACAGUCCUCUCAGCCGGACUCGCUGGCCUGGUACUGCUCGCGAUCGUGGCUCUGGUUAAGCACCACGGAGGCGCCUACCUGGCGUGGCACGUUUACCUUCAGGGCUACAUGAAGAGCCUCUUCAGCAGCAGAAGCAAGGAGCAGAGGAUCCUGGAUUUUGUGCUGAAGCAUGCCGUGCCAGGGGACCCCACCAGUGUGCUGAAUGCCAUUGACAAAUACUGCAGUCAGCAGGAGUGGGCCAUGAACGUCGGGGAUGAGAAAGGUUUAAUCCUGGACAGAGUCUUGCAGGAAGCUAGCCCCUCCCUCGUGCUGGAGCUGGGCACCUACUGCGGGUACUCUGCUGUCAGAAUGGCUCGUCUGCUCAAACAGGGCGCUCAGAUCCUCACUGUGGAGUUCAACAGAGACAACGCAGAUAUUGCACGCCAGGUUCUGGAGUUUGCCGGGGUGAAGGAUAAGGUGCAGAUUCUCGAGGGCUCCUCUGAGGAGGUGAUCCGGCAGCUGCAGAAGAAGCACGCGGUGGACACUGUGGAUUUCAUCUUCAUCGACCACUGGAAGGACCGCUACCUCCCUGACACCAAGCUUAUGGAGGAGCUGGGCUUGCUGAGAAAGGGAACAGUCAUACUGGCAGACAACGUCAUCUUCCCUGGAGCCCCGGACUUCCUGCAGUACGUCCGCAGCAGCCCCAAGUACGACUGCACCUACUACCCCUCUCACCUGGAGUACCUGGACGCCGAGGAUGGGCUAGAGAAGGCUGUGUACAAGGGCUAGACCGUCCGUGUGACCGGGCUCACGUCACAUUCAUGAUCCAGCUCAAAACCUUUUCACUGUUGCCAGCCACGAAUGACACCUCUUUACAAAGACAGUUUAAAAAAGCAUUACUAAAGCUCUAAUGCCAGGUUGGAAUCAGUUUUUUCAAAAGGUUAAGACCUGAUCUCUCGUGUAGCAAAAGCAUUUGACAGAACUAUUUUUAAAGAUUUGAUCUUCAUGAUUUUCAAAUACGUUCUAGUCCUAAACACAUUUCAGAUCCAGGGCUCACGUAGAUUUUGAAUGCAAAUAUAAAGAGUGUAAUAAAUAGUGAGAUGUGUGGAUCUAGCACUGCAGUGUUUCAUUGACCUUUACCAUUUAUACAGGGGAAUACAAAGUUGGUUUACAUCUUUGCAUUGCAGUUGUGGGAAACCAUCGCUGCAGAUCAAUGCAACUUAGCUGGUGGAGGCAACAAAGAAUGGGGAGGAAAAUUCAAGGUCACAGCAGCCCCUGGAGUGGAAUGCUGAGUAAACUGUGCAGAAUCUCACAUGGAUGUGAUGGAGCUGCUGCAUGUGUCUGAUCAAGAAAUCUGAGCACGCCACUCUGGUGGCUGUGCCAGUUGGUCUAUAGUCUUGGAGGACCGUUGCUUACCUACUUAAAAAAACAA